GGCAGCUGCUUUUCAGCAUGGAGGAUAUCUAUGCUAAGUUUGUGUCCCAGAAAAUCAGCAAGACCCGCUGGCGACCGGUCCCUCCGGGGAGUCUUCAGGCCGCGGAGACCUUCGCUACGGGUUCUUGGGACAAUGAGGAAAAUUUUGUGUCGCUGUGGUCCAUCGGAGAUUUCGGGAACUCGGACUGCGAAGGAGGAGGGUUCGACGGAGAUCAUCAGCUGCUGUGUGAUAUCAAGCACCAUGGUGAUGUGAUGGAUUUGCAAUUUUUUGACCAGGAAAGAAUUGUAGCUGCUUCCUCAACGGGAUGUGUAACAAUUUUCCUUCACCAUCCAAAUAACCAGACGCUGUCCGUCAGCCAGCAGUGGCCCCAGGCUCACUACCACACAGGGCUGGGCAGUCCUUCCUACAGCAGCGCCCCCUGCACGGGCAUCGUGUGUAGCAACCCAGAAAUUGUCACGGUGGGAGAAGACGGCCGAAUAAAUCUUUUUAAAGCAGAUCACAAGGAAGCGGUCAGAACUAUCGACAAUGCAGAUAGUAGUACACUCCAUGCGGUGACCUUCCUUCGAACUCCUGAGAUUCUUACAGUAAAUUCAAUUGGACAGUUAAAAAUAUGGGACUUCAGACAACAAGGAAAUGAGCCCUCUCAGAUACUAUCACUGACCGGUGACCGCGUGCCCCUCCACUGCGUGGACAGACAUCCCAACCAGCAGCAUGUCGUGGCCACCGGUGGCCAGGAUGGAAUGCUGAGCAUUUGGGAUGUUCGACAAGGCACGAUGCCCGUGUCUCUGCUGAAGGCUCACGAAGCUGAAAUGUGGGAAGUUCACUUUCACCCAUCCAACCCAGAUCAUCUAUUCACUUGUUCUGAAGAUGGAUCCCUCUGGCAUUGGGAUGCCUCCACAGAUGUACCUGAGAAAUCUUCACUCUUCCACCAAGGAGGAAGAAAUAGUACAUUUUUGUCUCAUAGCUUUAGUAACCAGGCCAACGUUCACCAGUCUCUCAUAAGCAACUGGCUCAGCUCCGAUCCUACAAAAGACCGUAUUGAAAUCACAAGCUUGCUUCCCAACAGGACUUUGUCUGUGAAUAGUUUGGAUGUUUUAGGUCCUUGUCUUGUGUGUGGAACUGAUGCAGAAGCAAUUUAUGUUACUAGACAACUUUUCUCCUGAAAGUACUAUAAUUACAAAUUUUCAGAUUGAUUACAUGUUUAGCCUUCUAAAUUCCAAGUUCUAUGCAAAGUUUUAUUAUUGGAAAGUGCCAGUAACAUAAUGAUACCAGUGCCCAGUUUUGGCUUUCAGUCGUUGGAUAUUCCCGUAACUGUUGCAGAAUCUCAUGGCUGGCAAAAGGAGAUGAACUUGUAGCUCAUCAGAUGGAUCUCUAUACUGAUGUAUGUACUGCCUUCAAACUGUUGUGGACAGUUCACGGAACCGAGUCCCGUUAUUGACGCGGGACAUAAUUCUGCGAUCCAUCAGCUGGGUCCUAUCAUUUAUAUCACAGUAUCUGGAUUAUACUCCUUAAGAGACAUUAGCUAGUAUUAGUGUUUAUUCUUUUUAUUGAAUGUAUAUUCUGUCCUUCCACAUUUUCCCACCUUAAUAAUGUUAAUAAACCUUGUCAGAAGUUCGGUAAAGCAAAAAUGACUGUCAUAGUUUUGAUUUUUUUUUUCUAAGUGGAAAAUGUUUUGACAGGCUUCUUUUAUUAGAGAAAAGACUUGAAUUAAAUUGUGUCAACUGCUUAAUCCAGCCAUUUUUCCCCUAAGGAUUUUUGCGUUUUUUUUUUUUUUUUGGUUGAAAAUUGCCAAACUAGACAUUGGGUGA